AAAGGGGGCUGUGCUCGCUUCAGCACCACACAUACUAAAAGGGUGGGGCUUAGGACUUGAAGGCCUGGGGCUGGGAAAAAGACACUCAAGUAUUUCAAAGGGAGAGCCAGGAAAUGGGGAACGUCCAGUCGGAGCGGUCCGUGGGUGCAGGCUCCCAAAAAGAGGCCUUGAACCACACCUCCGACUCCCGCCGGACGUCCCUGGUGCAGCCCGAGGUGACUUCCUCCUCCCCUGCCACGCGCCCGGCUCGAGGGCUGGGUGUCUGGUUCCCUGGCAGCUCCGCGCCCCCGGGACUCCUGGUAACCCCGGAGCCCCAGGCCUCACCCUCGCCCCUGCCCCUGACCUUAGAACUGCCCUCGCCAGUGACGCCUCCUCCAGAGGAGGCAGCUGCCGUCUCUACAGCGCCCCCACCCGCUGUGGGGUCCUUGCUGCCCACGCCGUCUAAGUGGCGAAAGCCCACGAGCACAAGGGUGGCCCGGAUCCGAGGCCUGCUGGAGGCGAGCCACAGCGGCCAGGGUGACCCUCUGAGCGUCCGCCCGCUACUGCCGCUGCUGCCCAGACAACUAAUCGAAAAGGACCCCGCCCCGGGGGCCCCAGUCCCGCCUCCGACUCCUCUGGAGCCUCGGAAACCGCCACCGCCGCCACCUUCCGACCGGCAGCCCCGGAGCCGCGGUAUCACUCCAGCCCUGGCCACCUCUGCCACCAGCCCCACCGAUAGCCAGGCCAAACUCAGCGCCGAGGGCAAGACGGCCCGCGGGGUCCGCAAAGGGUCGCCUCCCCAGGCCGGCGAAGGCGAAAUGGCCCGGUUUUCGGCUUCCGAGUCCGGGUUGAGCCUGCUGUGUAAAGUCACCUUCAAGUCGAGGGCCCCUUUGUCUCCUGCGGCAGCCUCCGGUCCCUUAACAGCCAAAGCCUCCCUCAGGGGCGGCAGAGGCAGGGGACUCUUAGCCACCUCGAGCGCCAUCUCCUGCACUCAGGUCCUGAAGCAGGGACCCUUGGCGCCUGGAGCCCCUCGCCCUCCCGGAGAGGUCCCUCGUGGGGCACUGGAAACCGAAGGUGGUGAAGGAGAGGGUGAAGGGUGUUCUGGUGGCCCCUUGGCGCCCGAGUCCCACACCCGGGCCCUACCGCCACCCGCCUACACCACCUUCCCAGGCUCGAAGCCCAAAUUCGACUGGGUGAGCCCCCCUGAGGGCCCUGAACGCCACUUCCGGUUCAACGGGGCUGGAGGAGGCAUCGGGGCGCCCAGACGGCGCCCAGCAGCGCUCUCGGGGCCCUGGGGCUCCCCUCCACCCCCGCGAGGGAAGAAGCACCCAAUUCCCGGGCCCCGGAGGCCCGCACCUGCCCUGCUGGCGCCGCCUAUGUUCAUCUUCCCGGCGCCCCCCAGUGGCGAGCCCGUGCGCCCCAUGCCUCCUGGUCAGCCGCAGUCACCACGGCCACCGCCGCCGCCGCUGCCUCCGCCCCCUCCAUCGCCCAGGCCACCAGCCACACGGGCCCUGGUGUCUCCACCCAUACCGCGGCUGCCGGCGCCCCAGCAGAUGCCGAUGGCAGCGGUCCGCCCGCCCACUCCACGCCCCGGUCCUGGCCCUGGGGAAUCAGUCGUGGUUCCUGACCCAACGGCCCCUUUACCCCCCACCUUGGCUGCGGAUCAGGACCCAGCCCCCGCCCUGGCAGCGGCCCCAUCCCCAUCCCCAUCCCCAGCUCCCGCCACCACUGAGCCAUUGCCCCCAGCUCCCGCGCCCACCAAGACACGCACACGUAAGAACAAGGGCUCCCGCUCAGCCAGAGGAGCGACUCGUGAAGACCGCUUGCCUGGAGUUGGUCCUCGCCAAAAGACCGUGACUGAUAGCAGGGUUGGUGGCAGCGGGGCCGCUCCGGCCAGGGCAGCUAAUACCAGUGCUGUGCGCCACUGGCCACCCUUCCAGGUGCUUAACUCUUGUUCCUGCAAGUGUUACUGUCGCCACCAGCCGCACCAUCGCCGCCUGCCAAGCAACGUGUCUGCCUGGCUGGACACAACCACCAACCACCUGAGUGAGCCACCCUGGGUCACCACCAUCAAGCUGGCUGGCUCCCUGGUAGCUGGGCUGGAGCACUAUGACUUGCAGGCCACCCAUUCCGACUGAGUGCAAUCCACUCAACACCCUGACUUCCCCUCCAUGCCAAUAAAGUAUCCAAUGCAG